UCAAUUUUGAUAAUACUAUACUUUUCAUGUUUUAUUUUGUUAAAAUAAUAUACCCUAAUAAAUCUAAAUAUGUUAAAAAUGUAAUGAAAUUUUGUUACAUCAUAUUUUGCAGCAUAUUUCGGGUUGGCGACUGCUGAUAUAUAUUUUAACUCAUAAUUUGUGAGAAAAGAUAAGUCAGAUUUCGUUAUCUUAUUUAUUUUCAUAUUACAUUAUAAAUAAAUACAAGCCAUUGAAACCAUAAUUGUAUAUCUUAUCAUUAACGUAGUCAACAUAUUCACAUAUGAAUCAUCGAUGAGCCGUCUCUCCAAUCGCUUCAGUUCUCUUUAAACCCAACCUAUUAACAAUGGCGGCGGAUGGUGACGAAUUAAUAAGUGACCAAGAAAAAGUUAGGAUAGUAUCAGAUUUUAUACUCCACGCUCCACCUGGAGAGUUUAAUGAAGUUUUUAACGACGUUAGGGAAUUAUUGAAUAAUGAUAAUCUACUCAAAGAGGGUGCCUCUGGGGCCUUUGCUCAGUACAAUAAGGAUCAGAUGACACCCGUCCGAAUUGACAACUCAGACCAUCAGGUGUUAAUAACAGAAUAUAAUGAUCUUGGUAAUGGUCGAUUUUAUGAUGCCCGUUCCAAACAAUCUUUCAAGUAUGAUCAUCUUCGAAAAGAAGCAUCUGAUUUGCAAAAUCAUGAACCAGAAUCAUCAUGUGAAGCUCUUCGUUCAGCUUUGGAUCUUGAGGUGACAGCAUAUUGUGCAAGCCACUAUAAACAUGGUGUUAGUUCUGUGUUUGGCAAAGUUAGUCAAGGAGUUACUGCAAUAACUGCUUGCAUGGAAGAUCAUCAAUUUCAACCCAAUAACUAUUGGAACGGCCGAUGGAGAUCUCAGUGGAUUUUAAAUAUUAAUCCUUCAGGUGGUAGUGCCGAACUACGAGGAAUACUUAAGGUGCAAGUUCAUUAUUAUGAAGAUGGAAAUGUUCAGUUAGUGAGCUCUAAAGAAAUAAAAGAAGCAGUUGUAAUAUCUUCUGAUACUAAUACUGCACGUGAAGUGAUUAGAAUUAUUGAAGAGUCUGAGCAUUGCUAUCAGAAAGCAAUUUCUGAAAAUUAUCAAACUAUGUCUGACACAACAUUCAAAGCCUUGCGAAGACAACUUCCAGUGACAAGAACAAAAAUUGAUUGGAAUAAAAUGAUUUCUUACAGUAUUGGAAAAGAAUUAAGAAGCCAAUGAUAUCCAGAUAUUGUUAAAUACCCAAAUGUAAUCUGAGGUGCUUUUUUGCAUUUUAUUUUUUAAUUGUAGCACUUCUUACUAAAAAAAACAAUUAUGGUAACAAACUGCACAAUUUAUUGCAUUAAAAUUAAAUUGAUACAUUCAAUCCAAAAUGAUGUGUUCAAUUAAAAGAUUAGAUACUUGAUGGAGACUUUCAAAUGACAAAUUUUUGAAAUUAGUUUUAUUACAGAUAUUUAUAAAAAAAUCACUUUAUUACCUGUUAGAUAAUGUUUAAAGUAGAUUGUGAAAGUGUCUAAUGUUGCUAUAAAAUUAAAAUGUACUAUAAUAAUUUCUAAUAUUUAAAUCAUAGAC